AUGUGGCUUGACGACGGCAGUGGGAGUGUGAACUGUUCCGCUGAUGCGCCAGAGUUUGAAAUCGUUGGCAAGGCGAAGGGAGAUGCGCCAAGUAAUGCUCGGUGCACCACGAGCUUGUCGUCUGGACAGUACUUUGAGAUUGAUGUUCAGGAGCUCCAGAAGAGCUGCUUUAUCGGAGUGGCAUCGGAGAAAGGAUUCGCACCCGGAUACAAGUGCAAGGGGCUCUUCUUUGGAGGCCCUGGGAAUCUUUCAAGCGGUGGAGCCCUCGUGCGCCCAGGCUUCGGUAAGCCGAUCAAGAAGGGCGCGGUCAUAGGAGUCCUCGUGCAGAUAAGCGAGGAGGCAGUCACCGUGGUCUUCUAUCAGAACGGGCGCUGCUUGGGUCCAGGCUUUGUUGCGGAGCGAAGCGUCCCUUCUGAUGUGUUCCCUGUGGUGUCGACAAGCAGUGAUGGGGACCGCUUCGCCAUCCGGUUCCCAUCGACCGUACCAGACAUUCGAGACCGACAGCCGGAGGGCGGAGCAAAGUCGCACCCAGCGCAAGGAGCGUGGGCCUUAAUGAAGAUGAUGGUCGGGCCUGAGCUCGGUGAGUUUCCCCUGUCCGACAGGAUGGAGGGCGGAACGGCCGUGCUGACUGUCGAGGGGGUUGGAUCGGGCAAGUUCCGUUUCUCCGUCAAGGUUUGCAACAACAUGCGUGUUGAGGCUUCGUCGGAGACGGACGAAUCGUUGGCGCCCUUUGACAGCUUGAGAGUGGGCCUCCCCAUGUCCACCAAGAUGAUGGGCCCACCUGGCCCCAUGGAGGUUGAGAACUUGCUCGGCGAGGGCCUGGGCAAGCUUUUCAAGUGGCUGGUUAGCGAGGACAGCCUUCUCCUAGUGGGACCCGAUAUUGAGCUGUCUUUCGUCCCACAUGUCGGCGAUGAGCCUUUCCCGGCGACCGAUGUGAAGAUUCCGUGA